CUUCUCUUGUUCCACGACCAUACAACAAUCGAUCCCACCAACAACAAAACCACAACCGAUACAAGUCCUACCAAUCCAACACAAAGAGCACACCUCCAACCGCACCCGCGAAACCCAUCAAUCCGUCAUCCCCAUCAAAGUCAAACCUCGAAUCCUCAAAUCAAUCAAUCUCCGCCGCAAAGCCCGGGGGUGGGAAACAACACACCCCAACCGCAACCAAACCUCUUCAAAAAAAAAAAAAAAGGAGCAAUCCUACCAAAAUGAACUUCUUCCGCAUAACCCUCACCCGCUCCGCAAUCGGUCUCCCGCGGCGAACAACAGACGUCCUCAAAUCACUCGGUCUCAAAAAGCGCAUGGGCACAGUCUUCCACCCCGUGUCGCAGGACAUCGCGGGCAAGAUCAUGCGCGUGAAGGAACUGGUCGAGGUCCGCGAGGUGCAGGAGCGGUUAACGCGGAAGCAGAUCCAUCUGGAGCGCAAGCCGGACCCGGGAUAUUAUGUUGAGAAGAGGUCGACUGCGGAGUUCCUGGAGCAGAGAGGGCAAUAGAUUGUUUCUUUUUUCUCUUUUCUAUUUGGUAUAGUGGAU